AUGGCACAUAUGGAGACCGACAAUGAAACAGCAAUAACUAUGUUUAUUCUUCUGGGAUUUAGAAAUGCCCCUGAACUUCAGAUACCUCUCUUCUUGAUUUUCCUAAUAAUCUACAGUGUGACUAUGGCUGGAAAUAUCAUCAUCAUUGUGUUAGUAAUCACAGAUCGUAAUCUUCACAUUCCCAUGUACUACUUCCUUGGAAAUUUGUCCUGUUUGGAGAGCUUCUACACAUCAACACUCCUCCCCAGGAUGUUGGCCAGUUUCCUGACAGGGGACAGAACCAUUUCCGUUGGGGGCUGCUUCAUCCAACUUUACUGUUUUGGGGCACUCGUGGUUGCUGAAUGCUACCUACUGGCAUCCAUGUCUUAUGAUCGGUAUUUGGCAAUAUGUAAACCCCUCCAAUAUGCAACGCUCAUGAGCCGAAGACUCUGCUUUCUGCUGUCAGCUGCAUCCUGGCUUUGUGGGAUAAUGGUUAUGACUUUAGUCAUAAGUUUGAUGUCUCAGCUAAAAUUCUGUGGUCCCCAUGAAAUUGACCAUUUCUUCUGUGAAUUGACACCAGUAAUUAAUCUAUCCUGCAGUGACACAACUGUGGUGACGUUGGUGGGCUUGACAGUUUCUAUCAUAGAUACAGUUCCUUCUUGUCUUCUGACCCUGCUGUCUUAUGUGCGUAUAAUUGCUGUCAUCAUACAAAUUCCUUCUGCAGACGGGAGAAAAAAGGCCUUUUCCACCUGUUCUUCCCACCUCAUUGUAGUUUCCAUAUUUUAUGGUUCGUUGAUAUUUGUAUAUGCUCUACCAAAGAAAGAAACUCUGAAAGAUGUGGACAAAAUAUUCUCUGUGUUCUACACAGUCUUAACCCCUCUAAUGAAUCCCCUUAUCUACAGUCUAAGAAACAAAGAGGUUAAAAAAGCUUUAAGAAGAGCUGUAAACAAAUAUGGGAUUUCAAAGUGA